AUGGCAGGAGGAUACACCUGUGUCCAGUGCCUGCAUGUGCUCCGACAGGGGGUCCGGGUUUCCGGUACUCCAGGUCGCCUGCAGAGCCUGGUCAAUUCGCGACGGAAGUGCGCUGUGUCUCCGUCGUGGAUCCGCAGCUUUGGCUCGGAGCGCAACAAUCGCUCUGUGGGAGGAACUACAACCGAGCAGGGGAAGAAUGCCUCUGGAAAAACUCCUGCUAAAUCAUCGCCUGCGCCGUUUGCGCAGCGAGCGGCCUCCACGUCAGCCGGUCCCUCCGUCGAUACGCGAGCUCUGUUGAAACCCAACAACCUGUUUCACUCCUUCUCGAACUCCCCCUCGCCUGCGAUCCGCCAACGUGCCGCAUUCAUUAAGCAGAAUGCUUUCUGUCCUCACCCAAGCCACCAGCAGACCCGCGCCCCCGUCUCGCCGCACGACCCGGAAGCGAGAAAGACAUCCGACGAGACCAGUCAGCCGCCGGCCCAUUCGCACUUCGAAUGCCCCGACUGUGGUGUUCCUGUCUACUGCUCUGAAGGCCAUUGGAUGGACGACUUCGAGGCUCACCUCGAGGUCUGCGAGACCAUGCGCCAGAUCAACGAGGAUGACCAUGAUCUCCACUCCGGCCGCUUCUUCCCUGAAUUCUCCUACCCGGGCGUGCAGGAUGACAACUUUGUGAUUAACAUGACCAAUUGGGAUACCUACAUGUAUACUCGCGAGUUUGAUGCUAUCAACUCUGACCGUUCCAUGCGCCAGGUCACCCGCAUGCUCACCUACCCGCAGACCAUUGCGAGUGUCUUGCAUGAGUUGAGCCCUUACAGUGUGCGUGGAAAUAACCGCUUGACAGCUGAGGGAUUGAAGAGCAUGACCGCCCUUCGAUACUCCCUACACCCGCCCAAGACCGGUGAAGAUAUCGAUAUCAAAGGCCUGCGUCUGAAGGCUCCUCCAGUCCGGAUUUUCAUUCUGGGCGCGCGGGCCGAGUCCUCACUGCCCCGUGAGGUCUGGAUGCAGCUCUCCUACAUGUUCCCACAAUCUCUUAUUCACGUCAUCUUCAUCGGCCCUGAAAGCAUGGCCAAUCGGGAUUCCGAGUUCCCGCUGCCCCAGCGCACCCCCGAGAACCCAUUCGGCGGGAUCGUCGAGGACCGCCUGGGUGGCCAGAUGAAGAUUACCACCUACGUCGACUACUUCCACACCAUGUACAAGGCCCAGUACUUCCAGCCCUUUGACCCUUACCUGGACUGCUUCAUGCUCUUCCACCCGGGUCUGGGCCACCCUGCCAGCUCGCACGAGUGGGCUGAGACUCUUCCCCAGCUCCUGGAGACCAAGGUCCCCGUUCUGUGCACCGGAUACACUCAGUGGGAUAUGGAGCGCGAUAUCAACUGGGUUCAUGACAAGUGUGCAGGGGAGUUUGAUAUUCUUCUCGAGCCUGGGGAGAACAUCUUCCGCAGUCUGCGCUGGGACUUGAACGACCUGGACCCUCAUGAUGUUUCGUGUGGAAACUGGGGUUUGUGGGCGUUCCGCGGCAAGAGAUACGAGGCCACAUUUAAGGCGGAGUAG